AUGAGGCUCGAAGCGUGCGGCUCCUUCAUCGAAGAGAACACCAAUCCUGGCAACGUCACGCAGGUCUUGAGGCUCUUCGACAUGUCCUGCCGUUUGGGACUUGACAGGUACUCCAAACACUUCCUGGAGCUCCUCGGUGGGCUCUCUCGGGUGCACACGCGGCAGGUGCUCCAAGCGCGUGACUUUCUGCACUUGCACACGGUGUCUCUUGCUACCCUCCUCAGUUUCGACGGGCUUUGCGUCAAUGAGGAGCGCUUGUGGAAGGCGCUGCGAGCGUGGGCGGAGCUCCGAGCGAUGUACCGCGAAGGGAGCUCGGAGCGGAUCGGCAACUACGGCGAGGUGCCGGUCGAACGCUACUGGGGGCUCCCAGGCUAUCCUUAUAAUCACUUGAUGAUUCAUAAUGCCGCAGCUCUGCUUGACACGCCGCAGACGGGCGACGAGCGCCAAGCCGGCGCCGUGGCGCACAGUGAGCUGGUGGCUGACAUUUAUGGUGAAGGUUCCCAGUACACGAGUUGCGGUUCGGGGACUGUUCGGUUCUGUGCGGUUCGCGGUUCUUCGCGGUUCUUCGUCACUUAG